AUGCUUAGUAUUACCCCACUUCCGACAAAGGUGCACCGGUCCCGUCACAAGCGCGACACGCGCGAGCGACAUCCUGCGCGCCAACCUUGCGAAGUCAUCUAUGAGGUCCCUCGUACCAAGACCCGCACAAGGGACGUCGAUCGUCCUAGGGCAAAGGAAAGCCGUCGCCCUCUCGGCGUGUCGAAUAGCAAGCCUGUUCCAGCCGUUAGUCCGGAGGCGACUCAGACCCCUGGUACGAUACCCUCUAGACAACCCUCUCUUCUCCCUCCUCGCCCCUCGAAUCCUUAUCCUCCGUCGAGCGCAAGUAGCCAAGCCAGUUCAGGCACCCGUCCGCCCACAAGCAAAGCCACUCCUAUCCCAAUUAAAUUCCCUUCCGCACCCCCUCGACCCCCUUCCAGCCGAACCUCAUCUACUCCAUCCACUUCGUCGUCGUUAGGGUCAAUUGCAAAGACAGGGACGACUGGUCAACCUCUUCCCUCAAUUCCCUGGCCUUCCACAGCCGCCCCCACACGAAACGGUACUCCUACGAACGAUUCAUAUUAUGCGCCACUCGACCCACUUGGAUCACCCAAACCUAAUGUUCCUCCCGCUGUCGAUUCUCCCCGUUCAUUCAUGACCAUGUCAUCCCGAUCAUGGAGAACGGCCACCCGGAGCACAACUGAGUCGAACCCUCGGUCUACUGCCGAGUCUCAAGAGGAUCAUCCAGUUCAGAGUGAACAAGCGAGCACUCUUAGUUGGAGCUGGAAGCGGACUGGCCUAUCGCGGCCGAUCGAUGGAUCGACGCCGCUGGUACCACUUCCUUUCCCUUCUACUCCCGCACCCCCACCAUCAGAGCGCCGAUCAUCCUUCACCAGCGCAAGUACUCGUCCUCGCGUCGUAGCUGCACCAUUCAUCUCUCAACCCACUACGCCAACCGACCUCUCUUCUCGUUCUUCAUCCAAAUCGUCAUCUCAACAACUACCGACUUCCCCCACCCCUCAUCCCAAACGACCUAAACUUGGUUGGACUGCCUCUUCUCUUAUGGCUGUACUCCCUCGAGUUCCGUCGCGCUCUUUGAAAUCUGGUAGUGGCCGUGAAGCAUCCCCAGUAUUGGUCGAGUAUCCCAUAUCCCCUCUCCCAUCCGAAAUAUCAAUUCAUCCCCAACCCCGUCCCCGCCGGUCGUUCCUGCGUAACCCGUGGAAGUAG